AACCUGCUGAUUAGCCUACAAAUCAACGAUGACAAUCUUCCUAAUCUGACUGUGCCUAAAAGUUGAUGAGGCUGAUGAUUGGACAUAGAGCAAUAAAGGUGCAGAUAUGGUUGGGCUUCUAUAGGCUUUGCUCCGAGUAUUGUUAUCAUUCAGCAAUGUUUUGAGAAAUAUGAUGCAUUUUGAGGUGCACAAACACAUUACAUAAUGUGUGUUCCAAGCAACAUGUAAUUUACAAAUGAAUUUAGGCCUAUUUCUAAUUUGUUAUUGGGCAUUGUUGAGAUGAAUACAUUCGCUUGUCAUUCAAAAGCCUGUUGCUUGCAACUUUCUAAACUUAAACUUGAAUAGCCUCACCAUAAUAACCAUAGUGGUAAUGAACAUUGUAUACCCUUCCUGUAGUUUUUUCUAAAUAUGACUCCGGAAAUUGCAACUGAUGUAAAAAAAAAAAAUCUCUGACCGCAAACUUGCACACUGUGAUAAAAAGAACCUCAUCACAAAGUAGGUUACAAAGUAAGACCGUGUUCCCCUUAGCAAACGAAUCAUCAAACGUUCUCUGACAAAUAACCAUCUAUCGUCGAUGUAGGAAAGGGCAUAUUUUAAGACCUUUACUUUCUUAGUCUGCAAGUCGGCCUAUAGAUGGUGACUAUAGAUAUGGCUAUAAUAUGAUAGACCCAAUGCACUUCCGUGAUGUUGAAUGUAAAAGGUGACUUGAAACAAAUUAAGAUAAUCUAUGAGACAUUUUGAUUAAGGUUAUAGCAUUGUUCAGCUUUGUAAUAUUCUGGAGUUUUUCAUUGUGUCAUUCAGUUGGUAAACCAGUUGACUUGAUGAUGGACUCUUCAUCAUUAGGCCGGCCAGGAGGUUGUGUAACUCGAAACCCCUUGUGUCCUUGUUUGGAGACGGGGGGUCCCAAUCACGACUCGUGUGUCUCCCACACCGUGCACGACUUGGCAGCUCACUUUUCCAGAUGUAUUUUUUCUCUGCUGGGGAAAAUUGCGGUGUUUGUUUAUACAAGGCGCUUGUGUGGGCCUUAUCUGCUCAGGCCACUCACACCGUGAUUUCAGAGCUUCAGCAUGUAGUUUACGGGCUAUUGUUCUGUCGAAUGGCUUCUAAAGAUAUGCUCAUGGCCUCCCACCUCAUUAUAAGAAACUUGCAAGUUCUGAUUUUUAAAACACCCUAUCUGUCCUCCGCCCAGGCUGGCAUGGGUUUAUGCUUAGUCGAUGUUGCCAAACAUAGAAAAAGGUAAUGAUUUCCAUUGAUUUUUUUUUUUUUUUAAUGAACAAGUCAAUAGCCAAUUGAUAGGCAUACAGGCGUUUUGGUGUAGCCUAUUAGGUCGCUAUUGACCUAAUUGGGGGAAAACAUUUUCUCACUCCAUUGGCUAGUUUUAUAUUGGCCUAAUUUAACUAAAAUAAUUUGUAGAUCAAGUUGUAUUCCUAUAAAAUAUGUCUAUGAAUAUACUAAAAAACUCUCCAUACAUUAUAUGAUCAUGAAUGGGUUGUCAAUUUAUCAUGGGAGUAAGAUAGCCAAUUGGGCAUGCAAUGUUAAUUAGAUUUUGGGCGCUCAAUUGACCAUUUUAUGAUACAUUUUUGUGAAUGGGUGUGUCUGGCUGCCAAAUCUGUGUUCGUGAGUCGUGGCUGACGUCACGGCCAGUUAAACAGCAGUUUUUUGGGACCGGGGAGUCACGAAGCAAGAGGACACAUUCCUUUGCACCGGGGAGCAGGCACGCCCCUCAAAGCUCCGCUGCUUUAUAACGGGACUGGGCCGGGCAGAGGGAGACAACACAACUGUAACUCUGAACUCCAAGUGGAAGCAACUGUUCCCGUCAAAUACGUACUGGGAUACCAUCCUGAAAUCCAUAGACACCAGAGACUCUAAAAUAAAGAUGGAUAUGUACCAAGCUGGAUAUUAUAUGGAAGAUUUCAGGACACAGGAAGUCCCUGCUAGUUUGGACUUUGCAUCAUAUGACUACAGUGAUGAAGACCUGUCUUUUCUAUUAGACAGUAAAGGACCCGGGCAGCAGCAGCAGUAUCCAGAGAGUUAUGGAGAGCUGCAGAAGAAUCCAUGUCCGUACGACAACAAAGUAACCUCCAGUGACUCUGUCCUGUUCAACCUGGAUUCAUACCCAGAGUUUAACUGUUGGGCAUCAUACCCAAGUGAUGGGCUGACUUUGGACCAGUCUCAAGCGGGGUUCCAGGAUUCCACCCAGACGUACCACAGCCUUGUGCCCCUAUGUUCUCCAGCCCAGAGUGGACAGUUCAGCCCGGGCAUGGAGGAUGCCAGCACCAGCAACUCCUUCCUCCCUGGAAAAGGAACGAGCCACAGCGGGUCCCCCAGCACUGUCAGCCUGGACCACCUCAGUGAAGUUGAACAAAGCUACACCCGUCACUCAGGUGAACAACUGUACGACUCAGAAGCACAGAAGACGUCACCCUCCUUCUGGCCAGACUACCCCUCUCUCAGCUACAGCGCAUCCCUGCUGCCCCCUCACCACCCUCCAUCUUGUUCCUCAACCCCUGGACCACAGCAGCCUUCAGAGCAAUACUGCCCCCGUGUGGCCAAACGCAAAAGUACACACACCCAAAGACACGAGAGGGAAAGAGGACAAGUGAUGGGAAUGUCAGUUUAUCCAGGAUCAGGGCCCAUCCAAUUGUGGCAGUUCUUACUGGAGCUGCUUCUAGACUCCGCCUGCUGUACCUUCAUCUGCUGGACAGGAGACGGUUGGGAAUUCAAGAUGUCCGACCCAGCAGAGGUGGCCAAGCGCUGGGGCCAGUGUAAGAACAAGCCCAAGAUGAACUACGAGAAGCUGAGCCGUGGCCUGCGCUACUACUACCACAAGAACAUCAUCCACAAAACGACGGGCAAGCGCUACGUCUACCGCUUCGUCUUGGACGUGCAGGGGAUGCUGGGAAAGACGGCACAGGAGGUCCUGGCCAGCCUGAACAUUUUACCCACGGGGACAGAGUCCUCCUGGCAAGGCCAGGGGGCACCAGUAUCAUCACCAGUGUCCAGCGAAGCAUGGGUGUCGCAGUAGAGGGAGUGUACCAGCAGCACUGGUUCUCAUUGGUGCUAUUGUCUCUUGAUAGUGUUAUGGCUACAUCACUAGAAAUAUGCUAUGUAGAACAAGCAUGCCUCUUUGACAUGUAGAAAAGGAAUAACAUCGGCUCUAUUCAUGGGAUUUCUAUCUGCAACAUUAGACAAUGUUCGGUGUAACACUUUUAUUACCAAGUGAUACAGUAGUAGCCAUAGCUGUGGGAAGUAGGCGUGUUGAGGUUGCUGCAGCACUACUAAAAAGUAUGUAGUAGCCUUCAAUUUGAUUUGGUUUUAGUGUAUUCCCAGCUGUCUCCAAUACUGAUGUUCUUUAUGGUA